AGUUUCAGUCUCAUCGAGCAUCUGCCAGCAAGUCGCAUUAUUCCCCCGUCGCGUUUUUUUAUUCAAGGCUUGUGGAGGCGGGGAGCAGCGCCACGUACCGAGCCUUUCUAAGUUGCCCUGCCGUCACAUUGACCCCCGUUCCACAUAACAAUCCACCUCGGGACACACACAUGGAAUUAACGCAAAAUACCAAGUACUUUUCUGCGGGUCCGUAUUUUUCGACUUCUCGAUUAUUUACACUAGCGCUCAAUAUUGUGAAUUUUCUGUCCUUUCCAAUUUUCGCUAUCUGUUGGUAAUAUGUGCGUAAAAGAAAAAUGGCGUGGCCUGCCCAAAUUUUCCUGAAUCUGACCCUGAAUUUUCCGAGAAACCGGGACACAGUGCCUAUUGGUCCGUCUGUUUCUUGGAAGACGAACCGCAAAGCCCUGUAGUCCGAACACGUGCGCCACGCAUCGUUGAGCACGAUUUGUCUUUUCUGGUGGCAGCUGUGAGAAUGGACUUCAACUAUGUGUCGCCUCCGAUCGGCAGGGUCAUCCUGGAAAAAGAAACAAGAGACUUCGAUUUUAAGUCCUUGCUGAGUGAUCUCAUCAGUGGCGCCGCAGAAAGCGUGAAGUUGGACCUCCGUGGCACGACCUGUGAGAGAUGGGAGAGCAUCGACGCAGCGGACCAGCAGAGCUUUUUUGAGGCACUUGCACAGAAUGCAAAGCUGCCGCCCCCCUCUAGGGCGGGAGAAGUCCGGUCGCUCCGACGUUUGCAACUUCUGCUGAUGCAGGAGGACUUCCACGACAGACCAGAGCAGGAUUGCUUCGACGAGGAGAUCAUGAAAUCCCACUUGACCGAGUUUUUUCAGCACGCAUCGGCGUUGGAGAGCUUGGAAGUUUUUUUCGGUGGGAACGAGGAAGGCUCGAUCCGCGAUUUUGUGUGGAACCCGCUGUCCAUGAAUGCGCAUGUGGCAGAGACGCUGAAGUUUCUUUCUGUCGUCGGCGGCAACCAGGGAGGACUUGGAACGGCGUUGCCUAAGUUUCCGCGUUUGGAAGAGCUGCGGGUGUUCGAUUGGACGAAUGAGGUCACCUAGGGUUACUGAAAAAUAUGCUGCGCCCCCUUUCGUGAUAGAGCCUGCCACGCGAGAAGCUCGUCUGAGUGUCGACUAAGGAAAUCUCAGGUAAGUGAAAAGAUGAAUGCGUUUGCAUAGCGAUGCGUCUGAUGCAAGACCGAGAAAGUGCAUUACCUUUCGAGAAGAAGUGGCGUUCCCACGCAACCUUCUCUGCUAGGCAAUCCUCGGGGCCCAACAAGGGUAAAUGCAGCGCAGAGAGUGCUCCCGCUCGGCCGCGCAACACGACGGAGGAAUGGCGCAGCUUUUUCCGCUCCAUAGCUCGCAACAACGGUUGGGCGCAGAACAGUACAACUUUGCUCCGUCCGGCGCGCACAACUGCAUCCACUCCGACAACCAUUACGUCGCACCACUCGGCGACGAGGCUCUAGCUGCGAUCCAGGACUUUUUGCGCACUGUUAUUCAGAUGAACGCUUUCCUAGCCACAUUCGCAGAAAAUUGCCUGCGCGCUAUCAGGCUCUAAUCUUGCUUCUCAGCAUCUUGUGCACGACGAUAGACCUUGGUUACUUUCGCCAUGGUGCAGAUUCCUUUGCAGAUUUGCUUCAAGAGGAGGCUCUGCCUUUUCUGACUUUUAUGAUAAAUUUCGUAUAAAUAUGAAGAGGGCAGGAAAUGGGCAGAGGGCAGGAGGUCUAUCAAAGAUACCGUUUGUAAAUAGGGUGAGGAAGUUGCUUUUCUGGCCGAUGGUGCGGCCCACCAACUUGCAAACGCUGACCGUAACCCCGGCCGUACUGCAUUCCUUGCGCGACGCCAUUGCCGCCUCCGCAGCACCAAUUUACCGCAUCAGAAUCUGGGGCAUUUUCGAGGACCGGCAACAGUAUGUCGUGACGUCUUCGCUGCAGCACCGCGACGCAGGCGAGCAGUACUACAAGGAACACAAGACAAAAGACGCGCGCACCGCUGAGAAGCCGGGCAUGACCGUAUACCAGCAGGUUUUGCUGGAUUUGAAACAUGUUCUCGAGAACAAGAGAGCACCCAGUGACGAUCACGCCCUUUUCGACGUAUGGUUUAUGUUUGGCGGCUUCGCGAACGGUAUCAUGGCCAAAAUCUCCCCAUCCAGCACUUACUUAAACAAGCAUUACUUUAUCCGCCGUCAAGCAUACAGGGAACUCAGUCGACUUCGUCUUUACUGGCGCUGACACGCUUCAACAUCAAUAUUUGUGCAUUGGUAGAUGCGGGUUCGUUAAAUAAAAGGUUUGUCUGGUAUUACUUAUUUGAGACAAAUUUCCCAGCAAAUACUGACUUUUCAAACUUGAUUUGUUGUGGUGAUGGAUGGGGAUUUCUUUGAUUGGGAUAAAACACGCAGAUGCCACCCUGAUGAAGCAUUUUCUGCGAACCGAAAGCCUUCCAAUGUUGGAGAAGAUAGGAGUCGCUCGAUUCUCCGCCACAAAGACGCUGGCUUUGCAAAGCGGAGCCGAAUACACGACCUGGUCGGAAGCGCCGCUGCCAUGGCAAGGUGAGGCUGCCGUCACUGCAGCGCAGCGCCUGUGCGAUGAGAUUGGAUCGUCGCACACACUGCCGUUGAAGCUGGACCUCUUCGGUGGAGACACGCCUGUGACAACAUCGGCAUGGGCGGCGAGCCCCGAUCUGGCGGCGAAGCUGCUGGUGGACCCUGCGUCUUCCCCGAUGCGACGAAAGAUCGGGCCGGAUCGAGGGUUUUCAGAGGUCGAGGACAUCUAG